GGAUGUUAUCUAAAUGAAGUACCCUAAACAUCUUAAUCUGUUCGAAUUUAGAGUUUCUGAAAUUGGUAAAGGGUAUCUCAUUAGACGUACUCCUCUCCGUAUUAUUGAUCCUCAUUUAGAUAGAAACAUAUCAAUUGAAGGUUGCAAAGUUGUGUUAUGCUUGAAUCCUGCUCAAAAAUCUGUUUAUGCUACUGAUUGCACAGCUAUAUUGCUAUACUCAGAUGGGACUUUGAUGGGUUUCAGAUUGGGAAAUAAAGAUUGGGGCUAUGUUUGCCAAAGCUUAGUCUUGCGGUUUAGGGAUGUAUUAUGGUUUAAGGGAAUGGUUUAUGCAGUUGAUGAUGGUGGAAGAUUGUAUGUCAUUGACCAUAUUACGCUCCACGUGACUGAAACUGUUGUUGAUCAUAGGAUUUUUGAUGGUCCGCACUCAUUUAGGCUAGUCGAAUCGAGUAAUGAAGUUUAUUUGUUUGUUGAUGUUAGGAAAGUGUACAAGUUGAAUCAGAUGCAACAUAAAUGGGAUGAGGGAAAGUCUCUUGGGGGUAAAGCUGUGUUUCUGGGUUUUGAUUGUUGCUUUAUGGUCUCCACUCAAAAUAUAUUAUCUCAUGGAGGGGAUUUUGUCCUUUUCAAUGAAAGUAUAUUGAAAGAUUCUUAUAUCAACAAGUCUGAGUUCAAAGAAGUAGCAAAAGGUCUUGGGAUAUAUAUAUACUGCUUUGCUGCUAGUGACGGAACGAAUUCACAACCAGAUUUAUUUUACCAAGCUCUUUGUAAUUUGCUGUGGCCGCCCUCAUCUUGGUUCUGGCAGGAUAAAAUGCUACAAGUAUAUAGCAGGGAACCUAUAGAGAGUGAUGAGAUGUUGCCUGCUACAAGCAAUCAAGAAGGUGCUCCUUUACAAAAGCAUACACAUAAGAGUUCUGCUCCAUUAUCUGGGCCUAAAUCCAGAAAGAAAACCGCUGAGAUUGCUUCUACUUCUGCAGCACAAGAUAGAACUACAGGAAAUUCUUCUAACUCCGAAGCACGAGAGGAAACUACGAGAAUUCUAUCUACCACAGAAGAUGUGAAGCAUGUCAUUGAGCAAGCAUUUCAUCUGGAGGCUUCAAGGGUGGAAUGCAGCAAUACUCAGAUCACUCACUCAGUAUUAAGGGCUUAUAUAACGUCUAUGAGUCAGAGCAACCAAAGUGAUAACUCGACAGUCAAGUUUGAAGGACUUGAAAUACGGUCUAAUUUACUUCCGACAUUGCAAAAGGUAUGGUCUAAGCAUGGAAACUUGAUAGAAAAUAUAACCAUCCGUAAUGGUGACAUCGUCUCUAGGGCAUUAGAGUCACUGGCGAGUGCAGUACUUAUUCUCGAAGAAAAUCCAGUGCGUACCUUGACUGAUUCCCAAGCUGAUUACCUAAGCUCUACGUUGUCUGACCUAAGAAGUAUGCAAUUCAAAGUAGAUUGGUUAGUUCCUUUUGUAGAAAAGGCUGUAGAGCUACACAAAAGUAAGCUAUUGAUGGAUUCUCUCGACAAGUUAGGCCAUUGUAAGGCCCAAGUUGCACAAAAGAAAUCAAAACUCCUUGAAGAAGUAGCUGCGCUUGAUAAAUUGGCCGAUGAACUGGAGGAAGAAAUUGCCGGUGUGUCAAAGGUGGUAUCUUUAUAUGGAAAUGUAGAUUUGGGCAAGCCUUUAGGAGGGGGGUUGUCUUGAAUUCUCCUCUUAAUUGGCUUAAUUGACAGUUCAUUCCUUGUUCAUAUUGUGUAGGUAGUAUACUUGCUUUAUUAUCGAAUUAUUUAUUUUUUGUUUCCAGCAUUUAUUAAUUCAAGCAAUUGUUGAAUAUGGUGGGGAACAAAAUGGUAUAAUGAGGAAAUAAAAUACUACUUGUAAGUCGUAAGUGUUAUGAUAGAUUUUGAAAUUCGUUACUUGUGAGUUUAUAUUAGUCAUUGAAUAGAUCCAUUAAAUUAUUUUAU